AUGGACGGAACUAGUCUUCUGUUUGAACCAUUUACUCAACAAAUGAUGGAAAAGAGCAAACAAUUCAACCAUCCUUUGCACAUCUAUCCGAUACCUUAUCCUAAUCAGCCAUUGAUGAACUAUUCAGAGUUGGAACUAUAUUCGAGAAGAAAAAUCAAAGAAAUUCUUGACAAUUAUCACAUGGAAGAAGAAACUAAUGUUGUAAUUUUGGGAGAAUCAUUUUCUGGACCUAUUGCCACGUCCAUUACAUCAAUGAUGAAUAAUGAACGGGAAGGAGGAGAAUUUCCGAUUAGUGGUUUGAUAUUAUGUUGUACAUUUGUGGCCAAUCCUAGACCAGUACUCAGUUUUCCUUUCAGGUUCAUAUUUUCUUCACCCAAUUCCAAUAAUCAAAGCUUCAAAACUAAUCUAAUGGAUUCUCUAAUUAGAAUUUUAUUUCAACAGGAGUGGCUUAUGAAAAUCAUUAGUAAGCUCAUGUUCCAUUCAGAAAAACAGAGGAAUCUAUUUCUCAGAGCUAUGAAAAUAACUCCUCCUGAAGUUAUUGGCCUCCGAUUGAGAAAUGUUCUAUAUGUGAACAGAAUUGAAGAAUUGAGAAAAUGCAACAAUAUUCCUCUAUUAAUUCUGAGAGCUAGGAAUGAUUGGAUUGUCCCCAACUCUGCUCAACAACUCUUGGAGGAGGUAUUCGAAGGAAAUUGUAAUUGUCCUCCACCAAUUGUUGGUUCUCAUUUUCUUUUACAAAACAAUCCAGAAGAAACUUCAGAAGUUAUUUGGAAAUUCGUUCAAAAUUUACCCAAGGUCAAGUCAUGA